CGAGUCGAGUCGAGACUCGAGGGAGUAAGCUAAGCUCUCUCUUCCAGAUAGUGCCUGCCUGCCACAUUCAGCUCAGUCCAGAAUCUAGAUGGGAGAACCAAGGCUCAGGUUCACAGGCAGGCUGUUCUCUCUACCCACUGCUUUGUAGACCACACUUGGCGAGGUGGGCGACGACUCGAGGCAAAGAAGAACUGGUCGAAGCAGAGCAGCUUUCUCGGUAGCACUGCCGCACGCUGACGGCCAGCGUUUCUGCCAGGAAUCCCGCCAAGGCCGCGCAUUUUCCGCCAUGAUGCCGCCUUCUCCCGCCGUUGACGCACCGACUCCGCGCCAAGCGAUCCAUUCCCUCCCCUGCCGCCGCAGCCCUCCCGCCCGCUCACCCUCCGCGCGCCCACUCUCCGUCCGCUCCGCCCAUUCACCCUCCGCGCGCUUCCCCCGUCGUGGCCGCCGCGGGCCUUCCGCCCUUCCGCCUGGCUCUCGCACAGCAUGGCUGAGAGGCACGUGGACUGUCGCCGUCGCAAUCGCCGUCGUCAUCGUCGCAAUGGCGUCGCCUGCGACUGCUGGGCGAGCCAACGUGCUAGAUAACUUCCUCCCGCCGUGCCCCACCCUCGAAGAACCUACCAGCUUUAAGAAGUGGAGCGACCCAGCAACCUGGGGGAAUGGCCCCAUCCCCGGGCAGGGCGCCGCAGCAGGCGCCAACGUAACCAUCGCGUGCGGGGAGGCUGUGCUGCUGGACACGUCCCCUGUCGCCCUCACUCUGCUCAACAUCCGGGGCUUCCUCCGCGUGCUCGACUCGCCUGCUCUCCCCAAGAUCGAUCUAAGCGCAGCCUUCAUUGUGGUGCAGGGGAAUCUCUCCAUCGGCAGGCCGCAGCAGCACUUUCAGCAGAGGAUCAAGAUUACUCUCACGCCCAACCCCAACAACCGUGCCGACUAUCUCUUCACCGAGAAUCUCCCGGCUGAGCCCGCUUUUCCUCGCAACUUGGGACAUAAGGCGUUUGCAGUGGUGGGCGGCCAGGUGGAUCUGCACGGCAUGCCAGGUGGCAGUAGCACGCCAGCGUGGACGAAGCUCACGGCAACAGCUCAGCCGAACGACCUGGUGAUUACAGUGCAGGAUGACGUCACCGCAUGGCCCCUGGACGCCUUCGUUGUUGUCACAUCCACCGACUACUUCCCCGACCAGGCGGAGGUGGUGGGGAUCAUUGAUGUGGUGGCUCUCCCCUCGGGCGGCUCCAAGAUCUUCCUCGAGAAGCCGCUCCGCCUGAACCACUUCGGCGACCCCAAGGGCGUGCCGGACGGGUUCGGGGGGUUCAUCGACGAGCGGGCAGAAGUGGCCCUGCUCAACCGCACCAUCGCCAUCACAGGCACGGACGAGCCGGCACCGUACCACCGCGAGGGCGGGCACUUCAUGGUUUUUAUGAGCCGCACCCCGCAGUUCAUCGAGGGGGUGGAGUUUGCACAGAUGGGGCAGCAGGGCAAGCUGGGGAGAUAUAACAUUCACUUUCAUGUGUGCGGGGACGACCAGGGGCGCAGCGUGGUGCGCAAGAACGUGAUGCACGACAGCAAGCAGCGCUGUGUGGUGGUGCACACGACCUUCAAUCUAACCGUGCAGGAGAACGUGGCGUACCACACGAGGGGGCACUGCUUCAUGGUGGAGGAGGGUGGGGAGACUGACAACACCUUCCUGCGCAACCUGGGCAUCUGGACCAGGGCAGUGGAGGUGCUCAUCCCCCUCUCGUCCGACCCCACCAAGACGGAGGAGACGGACGACCGCCCGUCCACCUUUUGGAUCACCAACCCCAACAACAACCUCAUCGGCAACGUCGCUGCGGGCUCCGAGGACUCGGGCUACUGGAUGGAGCUGAGGGAUAGGGUGCGCGGGUUCACUCUCAGCUACCCUGGGUUGAAUGCCACUGUACCGGCCAACGGCCCGUUUGGCAUCUACCGCGACAACGUGGCCCACAGCAACAGGGGACCGGGGUGGCGCACGUACCCCAAGGGGGUCCGGCCCAGGCAGACGUGGUCUCUGGACUCGCCACUUUCUCAGUGGCAGUGGAAGCCUUCCACGGGGACCAUCAGUGGGCUGCUGCUCUACAAGCAAGCUGGAGACGGGUUCUUCAUGCACAACUCUGACGGCAUCAUCAUCACCAACAGCACCUUCGCUGACAACCGCCAGGGGCUCAACCUGCUGGGGAACACGGGCGUGCGCGUGACUGACAGCCGCUUUGUGGGGCUGUCGCCCAACUAUGGCAACCCGCGCAACUGUGACUCCACUCCGCAGAUGUGUGGCCCUGUGACGGGAUGCGAGUUCCCUCUAGCCCCAGGGCAGCAGGGCCGGUCGCAGGGGUGGAGCCACUGGAAGAACCCUCUCUUUGGCAUCAUCAUCGACCAACCCACCUUUGGAUUCGACUUCUCCCGCGCUCAUGCCAUCUCCAACUGCCGCUUCCACGCCUUUGACAGCACGUGCCGCCCAGCUGCUGCCAUUGGCACGGGCAUCAAUGGAGCUCCCAAGGACACAUGGGCCACCGCCACCAGCAUAGCGGCGGUGCAAGGCACGGACUCUACCAACCUGCUCUUCUUCCCUCCCCGCAACUUCACCUUCCCAGGCGGCGAUGUGAACGGGGGCAGCGAGGCCACAGACCUGUACACUCUGUGGGACCGGGACGGCUCGUUCCUCAACGCCUCGUUGGGCGGCUACCUAGUGGCCAACAACUCCGCCCUGCUGCCCCCUACCAAGCGCUUCCCUGCGUGCCGCCCCGUGCCGGCUUGGAACGCGUACGCGUGUCCCGGCACGUGCUACCGCACUGUGAUGUUCACUUACUUGGAACCGGGAUUUUCGGUGUAUGAGAACAGCAGCGUGCCCGACACACGCAAACGAGGGGACUUCAGCUACCUCUCCAUCCGUCGCAUUGAGGACGAUGCAGUCAUCACUGUGGACGGCAAUCUGCGCUCGGUCGGCAACAUGUGGGCGGCGGGGCAGCGGAUCUUCGUCGUCCCCCUGCUGGCGAACGCUACCUACGAGGUCAACGUAGGGUUACCGAGUAAUAACCAGGCGUUCUUCCCGUCCAACAUCACGGUGCAAGUGCGCGACAGCAACGGGUGCGGAGGGCCGGUGACUCUGAGGAUCCCGGCAAGGCAGAGCAACCAGUGGGCGAUCAACGAGGAACAGGAUGUCAACUGGAAGGCUUGCCUGGGCACAGCAGACCGUGCAGCGCUGCAGUUCUCAUUUGUGUGUUUCAAGUUCAAGCCCACCAUCGAGCUGCUCUUUGACGGCUCCUACUCCGACCCUGUCGUGCUCCGCGCCUCCCCCAACCCUGUCGUUGGUUGCCGCCUACCCUAUCGCUGUGGGCUGAUAGCACCGGAAUCCACAUGGGCGUACGACGUGAGCGGCAGGGAGCUGCAUGCAGCCAUCACAGGCGCCAUGGGCUUCAGCUCUCCACGCUUCAACGAUGCCAGCUGGCCCCGAGGCCCGGCUAUCAUUGGUUAUGUUGGAUGGCGGUGGAAUGGCGUCAACACAUGGACCCCCCCCUCAGGCGACGCUCUUCCCACCUUCUACUACCGGCGCGCAUUCAAGGUGGCCAGCAGCGCGUGUGUCACGGGGCUGUUCGUGGACGUGAUUGUGAACGACGGGGUGCUGCUGUAUCUCAACGGCGUCGAGAUGCUGCGAGUCAACAUGGCGCCGGGUCCUGUCAAUGUGUCCUCCAGGGCCCUCUCCAACCAGAACGUGUGGGACUUCGCCUCUUUUUUCAUCCCUCUCAACGCCACGGCUCCCUUCUCCCUGGCGGAGGGCACCAACUACAUUGCUGCGGAGUCGCACGCGGCCAUCUGGACGACCGAAAACUUCUUCGACCUCAAGCUGUCGGCUCAGAUGGACAGCGCAACGUGCAGCGGAGUGUUGAUACUGCAGGAGGUGUGCGAUGGGCUCGACAACAACAACGAUGGCAAGGUGGACAUCGACCCGCUCACCGAUCUGCCUCUCACGCGCCCCUGCCGCAACCCCUGUGGGGCUGGCGUGGAGACGUGCAUCGAGGGGGCGUUCCAGAACUGCACGGCGCCCGUGCACGGGCCGGAAGUGUGCAACGGAGUGGACGACAACUGCGACGGGCUGGUGGACAACUCGCCCUCCCUCUCCGCCCCGCAGCUCGACUGCGCCAACGGCUCCGUGUGCUUCAAGGGGCAGUGCCUGCCUGUUGGCCCCCUCACAGUGCCGCUUACCACUAUUGCCAAGGGCGCCUCUGGGUGGCUGUACUAUGACAAGGGGUAUCUGCCGCAGUCAUACCCCACCUGGAGCACCAACACGUAAGCCCUUGUAACUUCAACGUGCCAGCUCGCCUGCUCAAGGAGGGAGCGGCACCGUUCGGGUUCAACACAGCAUCAAGCUGCAGCCACCAACCUCUCGCAGCUCGCCAGUGGCGACAGUGCCUACUUCUUCCUCAAGAGCUUCCCUCUUACAGAGGAGGACGUCAACAACACCUGGAGCUACUGUGCGUUUCCCUUCCCUCUUAUUCUCUUCACACCUGUAUACUUCUUGCUGCCAUGCUGACUCCGCCUAGUUUUUCCUCAAGAGCUUCCCUCUCACAGAGGAGGACGUCAACAACACCUGGAGCUACUGUGCGUUUCCCUUCCCUCUUAUUCUCUUCACACCUCUAUACUUCUUGCUGCCAUGCUGACUCCGCCUAGUUUUUCCUCAAGAGCUUCCCUCUCACAGAGGAGGACGAGGUCAACAACACCUGGAGCUACUGUGAGUUGCCCUCCCUUUCCUUCUCAUUUCUCCGCUGCACCUCUGUAUCUACUCGUUUUGUGCUGAUCCUACUUCUUCCUCAAGAGCUUCUCUCUCACAGAGGAGGACGUCAACAACACCUGUGCGUUUCCCUUCUCUCUUAUUCUCUUUACACCUCUAUGCCUUGUUGCCGUGCGGACUCUACUUCUUCCUCUAACGCUCCUCUCUCACCGAAGAGGAGGUCAAAAUCACCUGGAGCUUCCCCUCCUCCCUUAACCUCUCCUGCACUCUCUGCUACACCUCUCUUCCGUGUUGCUGUGGUUACUGUAUUUUUUCCUCUAGAGCUGGUCAACAACACCUGGACUGGAGCUACUGUGCGGAUUCCCUACCCCACCUCGAACAUUUGUUGCAUCCAUCCAGCAGCAUGACAGCGGUGCUCUACUCCUCAAGAACGGCAACACAUACUCUCGCUCCAACAUGCUGCCUGACACAGCACCACCUGCAACCAGCUCUCAGGCCACUAUGCUUGCACCCCU